CUGUGUGGGCUCUGAGGAGGCGUCCCCUGUGGAAUGUGUUUGGUGGACGAAGGCCAGGCUGGGCCCCAUUCCACCGACAGGCUGGGCAGGAGGGAGGGGGUACCUUUGUGCUGCCUGCACGAUGGGGAGUCCGGGGCUCCCACAUGCCUGCAGCCCAGCCCCUCGCUUCAUGCUCUGCUUUUCUCCCUGGCCAGGUGACUUCGUGUAGGUCAUGCGGUUGACUUCUCGAGCCAGUCCUGCCAGGUGACCAUGUCUGCCCUUGGCCCAGCUCUCCUCCAGGCACUCUGGGCCGGCUGGGUCCUCAGCCUGCAGCCCUUGCCACCGCCAACCUCUUUCACUCCCAAUGGAACGACUCUGCAGCACCUAGCUCAGGACCCCGACACAGGCACCCUCUACCUGGGGGCCACCAACUUCCUGUUCCAGCUUAGCCCUGGGCUGCAGCUAGAGGCCACGGUGUCCACUGGGCCUGUGCUGGACAGCAGGGACUGCCUGCCCCCUGUCAUGCCUGACGAGUGUCCCCAGGCCCAGCCUACCAACAACCUGAACCAGCUGCUCCUGGUGAGCCCGGGGGCCCUGGUGGUGUGCGGAAGUGUGCACCAGGGGGUCUGUGAGCAAAGGCACCUGGGGCAGCUUGGGCAAGUGCUGCUCCGGCCUGACCGUCCUGGGGACAUGCAGUACGUGGCUGCCAAUGACCCUGCUGUCAGCACAGUGGGUUUGGUAGCCCAGGGCCCGGCAGGGGAGCCUCUCCUCUUUGUGGGACGGGGAUACACCAGCCGGGGUGUGGGAGGCGGUAUUCCGCCCAUCACCACCCGGACCCUGAGGCCACUGGACCCCCAAGCCGUCUUCUCCUACGAGGAGACAGCCAAGCUGGCAGUGGGUCGCCUGUCUGAGUACAGCCACCAUUUCGUGAGCGCCUUUGCGCGAGGAGCCAAUGCCUACUUCUUGUUCCUGCGCCGUGACCUCCAAGAACAGUCCCGGGCCUUCCGGGCCUACGUGUCACGAGUGUGCCUGCGGGACCAGCACUACUACUCCUAUGUGGAACUACCACUGGCCUGCCAGGGUGGUUAUGAGCUGAUCCAGGCUGCGGCUGUGGCCAGGUCUGCCGAGGACGCCCACGGGGAGGUGCUGUUUGCGGCCUUCUCUUCAGCUGCACCCUCAACUGUGGGCCGGCCCCCCUCUGCCGUGUCGGGGGCAUCUGGGGCUUCUGCCCUCUGUGCCUUCCCCCUGGACGAGCUGGACCGCCUGGCCAACCGUACCCGGGAUGCCUGUUACACACACGAAGGACGAGCGGAGGACGGGACCGAGGUGGCCUACAUUGAGUAUGAUGUCAACUCAGACUGCGCACAGCUGCCCGUGGAUACCUUGGAUGCUUAUCCGUGUGGCUCAGACCAUACCCCGAGCCCCAUGGCCAGCCGGGUUCCACUGGAAGCCACGCCAGUUCUGGAGUGGCCAGGGGUCCAGCUGACAGCUGUGGCGGUCACCACGGAGGAUGGUCACACCAUUGCUUUCCUGGGUGAUAGCCAAGGGCAGCUGCACAGGGUCUACCUGGGCCCUGGGAGCGACGGCCAUCCAUACUCCACCCAGAUCAUCCAGCAGGGCUCUGCAGUGAGCAGGGACCUCACCUUUGAUGGGGCCUUGGAGCACCUGUACGUCAUGACCCAGAACACUCUUCUCAAGGUUCCUGUGGCCUCUUGCACCCAGCACCAGGACUGCGAGUCUUGCCUUGCUCACCGGGACCCUUACUGCGGAUGGUGUGUGCUCCUGGGCAGGUGCACCCGCCGUGCUGAGUGCUCGAGGGGCCAGGACCCCGAGCCUUGGCUUUGGAGCUUCCAGCCUGAGCAGGGCUGUCUGCGUGUGGUAGCUGUGAGUCCUGCCAACAUCAGCCGAGAAGAGAAGCGGGAGGUCUUCCUGUCGGUGCCUGACCUGCCAUCCCUGAGGCCUGAGGAAUCAUAUUCCUGCCACUUUGGGGAAUUACGGAGCGAGGCCCUGCUGACGGGCUCAGGCGUGAUGUGCUUUUCCCCAGAACCGAAUGAUACCCAAGCGCUGCCCAGAGGAGCCGACCACAUCGUGGUGAGCGUGGAGCUAAGACUCGGCUCCGUCCUGAUCACUCAGGCCCCCCUCACUUUCUACGACUGUGCGGCUGUCACUGACCUCCGCCCUUCGGCACCGUGCCAGGCCUGCGUGAGCAGCCGCUGGGGGUGUAACUGGUGUGUCUGGGAGCACCUAUGCACGCACAAGGACACUUGUGACACUGGGCCCAUGAUAGUGAGCCAACAGAGCCUGCUUCUCUCUCCAACACCUCCAGCAAGGGGGCCUCCCACCCUCUUCCCACCCACAGUACUCCCGGCCAUAGGCAUCCCCUCUCCUGACACCCUUCUUGAGGAGCCCGGAGCUCCUUACCCCACGGCCACCUCAGAUGUGCUCCCUGAGACGGAGCCUUCCCUGCUCAGUCCCUGGGGGCCUUGGGCAGGUCCUGGCCCCCCACCUACCUCAGCCUCCUCAGUAUCACCUCUCCAUGAAGAAACACCCCCUCCGAGCACCCCCGAUAGGCUUGCAACCGCUGACCCGGCCCCCCUUGACUCUGAACCCAUGACCGUCUCAGAGGAUCUUUUGGGCCCUUCCCCCUUGCCCUCCACCGAGGCCACACCGCCUCCGGCCCUUGCAGACCCCAGCUCUGAGGCUCUUCCCUCUGCAGUACUCCUGGAUCUGCCCCCCGGCACUGCUCCCACCACCACUUUCCCAGGGGCCACAGGCUCCCCCAAGCCCGCUCUGGACUGGCUCUUGAGAGAAGGCGGCGAGCUGCCCGAGGCGGACGAGUGGCUGGGGGGUGAUGCGCCCGCCUUCUCCACUUCCACCCCCCUCUCAGGUGAUGGAGACUCGGCCGAGCAUGAGGGCCUCCCCGCCCCUCUCUUCCUCCUGUCCAGCCUCGACCACCAGCACGACAGCCUGGGGCUCUGGGAGCUGAAGGAGGUGAGCUGGGGUGCGAGUGCCUGCCCUUGUGUGGAGCGUGUCCAGGGCUCUGCGCUGCUGCCCGUCAGAGUGGAGCGGGAAGUGCAGCUCUUGGGCAGGAACCUGCGUCUCCUGCAGGACAUCCCAGGAGACAACGAAUGUGUGCUGGAGCUGGAAGGUCGCGAGGUGGUCGUAGGUGCCCUUGUCCAGUGCGAGCCACCUCCGGAUACCUUGUGCCGUGUGACGUGCCAGCAGCACCAGCUCAGCUAUGAGACUGUACAGCCAGAGCUCCAGGUGGGGAUUUUUCUGCGCCGGGCGGGCCAUCUGCGCAUGGACAGUGCCGAUGGAUUGCAUGUGGUGCUAUAUGACUGUUCCGUGGGACACGGGGACUGCAGCCGCUGCCAGACAGCCACACCCCACUACGAUUGUGUUUGGUGCAAGGGGCUGCAUCCACGGUGCGAAGCGAGGGAGGCCUGUGGCGAGGCUGAGUCCGUGGCUACCCAGUGCCCUGCGCCCCUCAUCCACAUGGUGGAGCCAUUGACUGGACCUGUGGACGGAGGCACCCGGGUCACCAUCAGGGGCUCCAACCUGGGCCAACACGUUCAUGAUGUGCAGGACACAGUCAGGGUAGCCGGAGUGCCCUGUGCUGUCAGCGCUCAGGAGUACGAGGUCUCUAGCAGCCUUGUAUGCAUCACAGAGGCCAGUAUGGAGGAGGUAGCAGGCACUGUGACAGUUGAGGUGCCAGGAAGAGGACGCGGUGUCUCAGAGCACAGCUUUUCUUACCAGGACCCAAAGGUGCAGUCCAUCUUCCCAGCCCGAGGCCCCAGAGCAGGGGGUACCCGCCUCACCCUGCAUGGCUCCAAGCUCCUGACGGGGCGGCCUGAGGAUAUCCGAGUGGUAGUUGGAGAGCAGCCUUGUCACCUGCUGCCCGAGCAGCAGGCCGAACAACUGCACUGUGAGACCAGCCCACACCCUGUACCCGCCACCUUCCCUGUGUCUGUGUGGUUUGGGGGCGCUGAGCGGAAGCUUCUACACAGCCAGUUUGAGUAUACACCAGACCCCAACGUCACCUCUGCUGGACCUGCCAAGAGUUUCCUCAGUGGAGGACGUGAGGUGUGGGUUCGUGGACAGAAUUUAGAUGUGGUACAGAAACCGAGAAUGACUGUGACUGCGACCCCAAGAACACCGGGGCCUAGCCAGGGGCUUGAGCGAAGGCGCCGUGUGAUCCCUGAGACUGCCUGCCCUGUGGGAGCCUCCUGCGGCCUUCAGCAAUUUGAGGGACCAUGCCAUGUAAACUCCUCUCAGUUGAUCACCUGCCGAACGCCUGCUCUCUCGAGCAUGCCUGAACCUGGGUUUCGCGUGGAGUUUAUCCUGGACAACCUGGUCUUUGACUUCGCAACAUUGAACCCCAUGCCCUUCUCCUAUGAGUUGGACCCCACUCUGCAAUAUCUCAACCCCGAGGACUCCACCGUACCUUUCCGGCACAAGCCUGGAAGCGUGCUCUCUGUGGAGGGGGAGAACCUGGAUCUUGCCAUGUCCAAGGAAGAGGUGGUGGCCAUGAUAGGGGAUGGGCCCUGCGUGGUGAAGACUCUAACUCGGCACCAUCUGUACUGUGAGCCCCCCGUGGAGCAGCCCUUGCCCCGGAACCACAAUCUCCGGGAGGCCCCUGACGCCUUGCCCGAGUUCACGGUACAAAUGGGGAACCUAUACUUCUCCCUGGGCCAAGUGCAAUAUGACGGCGAGAGCCCCGUGGCGUUUCCUAUGGCGGCCCAGGUGGGCUUGGGCGUGGGCACUUCCCUCCUGGCUCUGGCUGUCAUCGUCAUUGUCCUCAUGUACAGGAGGAAGAGCAAGCAGGCUCUUCGGGACUAUAAGAAGGUUCAGAUCCAGCUGGAGAAUCUGGAGAGCAGCGUACGUGACCGCUGUAAGAAGGAGUUCACAGACCUCAUGACCGAGAUGACUGAUCUCACCAGCGACCUUCUGGGCAGCGGCAUUCCCUUCCUCGACUAUAAGGUGUAUGCCGAGAGGGUCUUCUUUCCUGGGCACCAGGAGUCGCCUUUGCACCGGGACCUGGGUGUUCCUGAGAGCAGGAGACAUACUGUGGAACAAGGGCUGGGACAACUCUCCAACUUGCUCAACAGCAAGCUCUUCCUCACCAAGUUUAUCCACACCCUGGAGAGUCAACGCACUUUCUCUGCUCGGGAUCGGGCCUACGUGGCAUCUCUGCUUACUGUGGCUCUGCAUGGGAAGCUUGAAUACUUCACCGAUAUUCUCCGAACCCUGCUCAGUGACCUUGUGGCCCAGUAUGUGGCCAAGAACCCCAAGCUAAUGCUGCGCAGGACAGAGACUGUAGUGGAGAAGCUGCUCACUAACUGGAUGUCCAUCUGCCUCUAUACUUUUGUCAGGGAUUCAGUAGGGGAGCCUCUGUACAUGCUCUUCCGAGGAAUUAAGCAUCAAGUGGACAAGGGCCCUGUGGACAGCGUGACGGGCAAAGCCAAAUACACUCUGAAUGACAACCGCCUGCUCAGGGAGGAUGUGGAGUACCGUCCCCUGACCCUGAACGCACUCUCAUCUGUGGGGCCUGGGACAGGAGAGGCCCAGGGUGUGCCUGUGAAGGUCCUGGACUGUGACACCAUCUCGCAGGCCAAGGAGAAGAUGCUAGACCAGCUGUAUAAAGGCGUGCCCCUCACUCAGCGGCCAGACUCUCGAACCCUGGAUGUUGAGUGGCGUUCUGGGGUGGCCGGACAUCUCAUUCUUUCCGACGAGGAUGUGACUUCUGAAGUCCAGGGUCUGUGGAGGCGCCUGAACACUCUGCAGCAUUAUAAGGUCCCGGAUGGAGCAACAGUGGCCCUCGUCCCCUGCCUCACCAAGCACGCUCUCCGAGAAAACCAGGAUUAUGUCCCUGGAGAAAGAACUCCAAUGCUGGAGGAUGUGGAUGAAGGGGGCAUCCGGUCCUGGCAUCUGGUGAAGCCAAGCGAGGAGCCAGAGCCCCCAAGGCCUCGAAGAGGCAGCCUGCGGGGUGGAGAGAGAGAGCGUGCCAAGGCCAUCCCCGAGAUCUACCUAACCCGACUGCUAUCCAUGAAGGGCACGCUGCAGAAGUUUGUGGACGACCUGUUCCAGGUGAUUCUCAGCACUAGCCACCCGGUGCCUCUCGCUGUGAAGUACUUCUUCGACCUGCUCGACGAGCAGGCCCAGCAACACGGCAUCUCUGACCAGGACACAGUCCACAUCUGGAAGACCAACAGCCUACCCCUGAGGUUCUGGAUCAACAUAAUCAAAAACCCGCAGUUCGUGUUCGAUGUGCAGACAUCCGACAACAUGGACGCCGUGCUGCUGGUCAUCGCACAGACCUUCAUGGACGCCUGCACCCUGGCCGACCACAAGCUGGGCCGGGACUCCCCCAUCAACAAGCUCCUAUAUGCCCGAGACAUUCCCCGUUACAAGCAGAUGGUGGAAAGGUACUAUGCAGACAUCAGACAGACCAUCCCUGCCAGUGAUCAGGAGAUGAACUCCAUCCUGGCUGAACUGUCCCGGAACUAUUCUGGAGACCUCGGGGCACGAGUGGCCCUCCAUGAACUCUACAAAUAUAUCAACAAGUACUAUGACCAGAUCAUCACUGCCCUGGAAGAGGACGGCACAGCCCAGAAAAUGCAGCUGGGUUAUCGGCUCCAGCAGAUCGCAGCUGCUGUGGAGAACAAGGUCACGGAUCUAUAGCAACCUGGAGCUGCCUGCCUUUGCCUCAGCCCCAAGAUGGCCGUGGCAGUGCGAGGAGUGGAGAGACGCCUCCGUAGAUGCUGUAGCGCCUGCGAGCAGUUAGUGGAGGUGCCCCAGGCCCUGGUGCCACUAGCCUGGCCCAAUGGAUGUGCCUGUGGACGCAGGGCCUGGAGGCCAACGAGGGGCGGCCCGGUCUGCUCCCCUAACUCAUUGGCCCUUGUGGGACUGUUUUCUGGGUGGUAUCAGUUGUGGGAAGACGGAGACUAAGGGCUCCCAGGAGUGGCUGGCGGGGCCUCCGGAACUUGGGGAGUCGGUACGGUCCCACACACUGGCCGUGGCCCAUGGGGACCCGGCCAGGAGGAAGAGGAGAAGUAGGAGAGAGCCUCUUCUGACCACUUCCUAACCUUGACCUCUGACCUCAGUCUAGCUGCCUCCGGCCUCACUGCUGCCACGCUCCUGGGUCUGAGAAAUGGACGCAUUUUCGAGGAUGCCACAAACAGACCCCUCAGCAGGUGGCUAUCCCAAGGGGGGGUGGUCACCCUGCCUUCCAGGGUGUCGGGCACCUGCUGUAGGGAGGCGGGGUGCUCAGGGCUCAGGUGGCCCCACUGACACAGCUCCUCAUUAAAGAAUGACACACUG